AUCAAAUGUAGGUUGAUGAUGAUGAGAUUUAUUGGACACAGAAGAGCAAAAGCAGUAAGCAGUUGGGGCAACGUGGUUCCAAUCGUGUGAUACCACAGUUAGUUCAAUGUUUUUUUAAUGCUAUGGUUGGACCACGAUCAUGGGCAGGACUCUUUAGCCGAUUAAGCAACAGAAGUAGUGAAAAGUAUGUUGACUACCCUCUGAGUCCUAUGCAGGAACUGAGACUUUUAAGGCUUCAAGAACGACUACAAGUACCUUUUGACGAGACACGCCCUGAUCAUCAAGAAGUGUUGAAAGCAUUUUGGCAUGCUGCCUAUCCAGAUGUUGCUCUCAGUGGUUUGAUCUCUGACCAAUGGAAGGAGAUGGGAUGGCAAGGUCCUAAUCCAUCAACUGACUUUAGGAGCUGCGGUGUUAUUGCCCUUGAGAACUUGCUGUUCUUUGCCAGAACUUAUCCUUUAUCUUUCCGGAGAAUAUUAUUCAAGCAAGGUGGGAGACGAGCAAUUUGGGAAUAUCCAUUUGCUGUUGCAGGCAUUAAUAUUUCAUUUAUGUUGAUUCAAUUGCUGGAUCUUUGGUCAACAAGACCAAGUCGUCUUCCUGGGAUGAAUUUUGUGAAGUUAUUGGGAGAAGAUGAAGCUGCCUUUGAUGUACUAUUUUGUAUAGCUUUCGAAAUGGUGGAUGCUCAAUGGCUUGCUAUGAAUGCAUCCUACAUGCAGUUUAAUGUUGUUCUGCAAGCAACGCGGGAGCAGUUGGAAAGAUAA